AAAAUUCUGGCUAUCAUAUAAAUAACAGAUAUCCAUUAUAUUUUUUGUUUAUAUCUAAAUAAAAUUUCAAAUGAACAUUUUUAUUCCUAUCAUCUAUUUUUUAAUAACCAUUAUCAGAACUGAUGGUUUUGGUUAUAACCUUCCUAACAUUCACGUAUUUAGCAUCCAUCGCUGGUCCGUUAGCGAAAUUGAUAUUAAUCCGUCGGAUUUAAAAAAUACUUGGGUUAACGGUAACUUUCAUCAACUUUAUUCAGUGCAAGUCAAUUUUUCUAAGCCACGGAAUUCUGACGAAUUAUAUAACUAUCAUCCUUAUUACAGAUUUUUCUACAGAGUGUGGGAAGUUACCUAUGGAGAGUCAAUUAUGGUCAAUGAAAAUCAUAUUAUAGACGGGAAUCGGUUCGAAAUAAAUCGCCUUGAAGAAGGAAAAUAUUAUUUUAUCCGAAUAUUUACUUUGAUUGGCCAUAUUUCGGAAACUUUAUCAACUAUAAAAUUUUUUAUAAAUAACAAACAAGACCGAAAUCCAUUUCGAGUGUUCGACCAUUAUCCGUUCAUACCAUCGAUUCAUAUGCAAUUAGGGCGGAAGUUGUCAAACAGAUAUUAUUCAUUGAUUUUAACCUUGGAUGGGCCAGAAUCUAGGGAUAAAAUUUAUUCUUUUUACUUCAUUAUUCAAAAGAACAAUCAACAGAUUGAGGCAAGAAGUUUAAAUAAGGAUACAAAGCAAGUCUACUUCAACAUAGCUUACGAACCUUGGUCUGAAUACAUAAUUCAAGUUUACACAGUAUUCAUUAAUCAACGUAACAAGGCCAGCGAAUAUUCGGAUCGAAUAUUUUUUCAAAUGUUCUAAAAUAUAAACAAUACAUAUUCCUUUUUAGCAAAAUUUCAAUACCAAAUUUGAUGUUUAAAAAAAAACAUUUUGAUUCAAUAUUUAUGAGCUAAAUUCGAUUAUAAUUUAUAUUUUAAUUUUUAAUAAUAUGUUUUCAUGCCUCAAUUUUUUUCGAAACACAAAUGUUAAAUCCUUUAUUGAUAGAAUUUACAAUUGUAUCAGGAAAUAGUUAAAAUAACAUUUAAACACUUGUCACUACUAUACUUAGGGGCAUAAUAUAAUAUCAACUAACUCAGUGCUAGCCCCCUCCCCCCUCCUAAGCUUAUAUUGAUUUAAUUGAAUAUAACAGGAAUAUAUUUUAAAAA